AAUGCCCGCUUCCCUCCUCUCUCUCUCUCUCUCUCUCUCUCUCUCCGGCGAUUCCAGAUCUGGAUCUAGGGUUUUUCUCCAUCACGUUUCUACUACUCCAAUUCCUCAUGGAAAUCAUACAGUCCUCUCAAAAUCAAACAGUCCUCUCAAAAUCAAACUCAAGUCUAGGUUUUGAACGUCACGGAGAGUUGAAGAUGAUGCAAGCAGCUGUUUUAAUUGGUGGUGGUUAGCAACGAUAGAGAUGGUGGUGGUCUGCAGCGUAUGGUGUUAAUGGUUAGCGUCAACAGAUUCUGGUGACCCAACCUAGGGUUUAAAGCAUCGACCAGAUUCUGGUAGCCCUAUCUAGGGUUCUGACCAUAACCCCAAUCCGGUGAAAGCUGUAGAUCUGGUUAGUAAAGGAAUGACAACGAAAUUCGUGUUGUGUGAUUAAUGAAGAUAUUCUAAAAGAACAAAAUAUGUGAAGAAAGAGUAUAAGGAAAUCCAGGAGGGUAGUUCUCUUUUUAUACAACUACUGUAGUUGUUCAGCAUAACCCCCCCCCCCCACACACACACACACAUGUGAGAGGUGAUAUUGGCCCGUUUACCUUUAAAAUGGGUCGAUUUGGGUUCAGUUUUGGUGGGCUGAGUUGCAGGUCACAAGGUAGAGGUUGUGGUGAUAUUUGUGCAGUUCAGAACAGGUCAGGUUGGGGUAUUGGGACCUGGAUGUGGGGAAGAUGAGUCGUUUCUGAUGGUCAAUCUACUGCUUAUAGAAGUUAUGUUGAAAGGUUCAUGGCCCUUGAUGAACUUUAGUCUGUUCCAAACUCAAAGAGCCUGAAGAUCGGUGACCUUUGGUGGCAAUGGUCAUGAAGAAGCUAUGGUAGCAGUCGGAAUCAAGACUAGAUGGAAGUGGUUUUGGGUUGCUAGGGUUCUGUCAUGAACCCAGGCAGUGCUGACACCUUAGAAGAGCUCGAAGAUGAUUAGGGGUUAAUUCCAGGUAGUCAAGAACAUAAUAAGAUCGAUGGCUCCUUUCAUCCAGUUUCGGUCGUUCAUCGGGUGCCGCUACGAAACCAAAGACGGUUGGGCAUUGUCUCUUCACUCUUGAAUUAUCAUUCGUAGCCUUUAUCCAGUUUCUGUUUGUCGAUUUGUAUGGUCGUGGAUUUGGCAAUUAACACUAACUAAAACAAUGCCGGCUAUUAUGGUAUGUCUCCAGGUCUGAUUCCUUUCAUUGCUGAUAUACAUUCUGAACACAGGUAACUUUAAUUUCAAUCAUUAGUGCAGCAGUCCGGUUUGUCGAUUGUUCAUUGUUACCGUCUAUUGGUUUUUAGAUACUAUUUUCUAAGCGUGUUUGGUUGAUUGAAUAGACUUGAUUUAGAGUUUGGGCAAAGGGGUUGUUUUGUGAUUUUUCUAUUAUGUAAUGUUAUAAUAUGAUUUGAAGUUACUAAGUUCAAUACAAAAUUUUGGGUUAUAAAUUAGCUAAACUGUCGUUUGGAAUGGUCUAUUUGUCGACUGCUUAUUCGGAUUGAUUAUCUGCUUAUUGUGUUUUGAUGCAGAAAUAACAUGUUUUGAGGGCGUUUGGAUUGGUUAAUUAAACUUUCUUAUGUGUUUAGUUGUGAGUGAAAUAAAAGUUAUUUUCAACACGCGGUUUGAAGUUGUUUAUUCCAAAUUGCUUAUUAUAACCGGAUAAAAAGUUUUAAUAGGUAAUCCCAAACACCUGUAGUGUUGAAUUGUGUUUAACUAUGAACUGUUGGUUCUGGUGCAGUGGAUAGAUAAGGAAGGAUAGACUGCAGAUGGAGCUGAUGCAGAUGAAGAUAGAAUUGAAUUGCUACUGAAGGAAGGCAAGGGUAAAGAUACCGUAGAACUAAUUACUUCGGGAAGGGAAAAGUUUGCUUCAGUUUCGUUCCAUCUGGUGGUGGUGGUGUUGCAGUUGCUGGUGGUGUUGUGCUUGCUGUUGUUACUGUAGCUGAGGCAGAGAAGGAGGAGAAGGCUGAAGAUAAGAGGAAUAUGAUGUUGUGUCUAAUGUGCAGUUCGAUCCAUUGCACAACAUCUGUUGUGUUUAUGAAGGAAAAAUUCCAAAGUUUGCUGAAUUCAAUAGUAUUCUGGAGUUCAUGAAGAGGUUGUCGAUACAGAAAGCUUUAACAAAUCAACAUCUUGUAUUUCGAUCAGCAUUUCUGGGAGAAGGCAACACAUAAUGAAGAAAAUAAAACAAUAAAUUCGAUUGUAAGCUUGAACGGCCAAGAUAAACCAAUCAUCAUCACAUAGCAGCUUGUACGUGAAGUGAUAGACUUUCCGGAUGAUGAAAAUUCUCCGACAAAGUUCCCAGAGAGGAUGGUCAAAGGUUGCAUGUUGCGGAUGGGUUACAAUGGUCCACUGAACAAGUUUCUUAUACACUCAGUGUUGCAUGCUCUAAGUCAUCGAAAGGGAGGUUAUGAUGUGAUGCGGGGUUAUCAAAUGUGCAUGGUGACGACAUUCGUGUUAAACAAGAAGUAUAACUUUUCAAAGAUUGUGUUCCAUUUUAUGGUAGAGAAUAUUACUUCGAAAAGCAAGACUUGGAUUUAUCCAUGAUUUGUUCAGAUGAUGUUGGAUCAUGCUUAUCCUGAUCUGGAGAAAGAUGAAAACAAUGAUUUGUUGAUGCUAUUCCACAUGGAUAAUGAGACUUUGAAGGUUUUAGCAAGAUAUCACACAAACCAUCCGGAGCCAACAACAAAAGCUAAAUUCUUUAGUUUCAUCAAAGAUAAAAAAUAUCAAGAUCCAGAUCCAAUCAAUCAUCAGAAUUAGAGAAAUGACAAAGAAAUGGAAGAGAAGAGUUAUGCUGAUGAGUUGAAAACUCUUGCAAGCUUCAAAGAAACAAGAAAUGAGUGGUUUCUAAAGGAAGAGAAGAAAAAGAGGAGCAGAAAAGCAACUCCUAAAGUUCAAGUAGAGGAGGGCUCAUCUUCUCAACCAAAGAAAAAGCGUCAAAAGAAGAAUGUUGAAACUAUACUUAUUGAUGAAUCAGAUAAAGAAGAUGAAGCUGAAGCUGAAGUUGAAGCUAAUGUUGAAGGAGAUGUUCAUUUGUCUCCUGAAUCUGCAAAGUUUUUGAAAUCUCUUAAUAAAUAUAAUGUUGAAAAAGAAAAAGCAGCUAGUGAUGAAGAAGGUGACGAUGUAGACAAAAGUUCAUCAAGCUCAUCUGAAGAAGAAAUUGAUGAAACUGAACGUACAGCAAGAAUUAGAGCUGAGAUUGAAAAAGAGACACAAUUAAAGAGAAAGAGGAGAGAGGAUAAAGAUGAUGAAUUAUACAAUCCAUCUCCUAAGCAGGUUAUAGAAUCUCAGACACCUCCAUCUUCAGGUGGCAGAAAGAAAACAAGUGCAAGAAAGCGAGUUGUUACUCCAAAGGCAGCAAAAAGAUUAAGAGUGUUGUUAAAAAAGAAACCAAUCCAAGAACCUAGUAAACCACCUACACCACCACCUGAGCCAUAACCUGAACUAUCACCAAUUCAAUCACCACCAAGGCAGCUUACACCACCACAUCAACCAUCACCACCACAUCUAUCACUACCACAUUUAUCACCACCACAUCAAUCACAAAUUCAUGAACAAUCUGUUCUUACUUCGCAACAAAUCUUUCAAACACCACCAUCUUCACAACCACAUGUUCGUACUACUCCUGGUUCUUCUGAAUAUAGAAAUUUUCCACGUCUACCGGAGAAUAUUGCUCUUGAUGAUAUUCAAGAUUUCGGGUUUGCAAAUGAUGAGCAAGUGAAGAGAUUGGAAAAGAAAGUAGACAAGGUGUUGAUUGAAAACAAAAGGUUGUUAGAUCGAGAAAAGAAGCUUGAGAAGCGUGUAAAGACAGUCGAAGCUGAAAAUUCUUCAUUGUUGAAAAAAAUCGAAUCUGAUCAAGCUGAGAUUGAUAUUCUGAAAGUUAGAAUUACAGAGCUGGAAGAAGAAAAGUCUCGCAGAGAUAAGCAGAACAAGUACUUCGAGUUAAAGAAUAAAGAAUUGGAAGCUGCUAAAGCAAUGACAGAACAUGAGAUAUACAUGAUGAAUAAAGUGUUAGAAAAUUUGCUUGGAAAGUCUGUUGAGCAGAGAUUUGAAGAGACUGAAGUUGAAGAGGUUAGAGCUCGACGUCAAGCUGAAAUUGAUGCUGAGAUGAAGAAUAAAGGCAAAGGUGUUGAAGGUGUUUCUGAUGUUUCUGAGAAGGCAAUUGUUACAUCUACUGUACUUGAAUCUCCUGUUCAAAAUCCUCGUCCUAUAUCUGCCGUUUCUGGUAUUUUUGAAGAGGAUGUGUUAAUUGAUGACGUUAUUGAUGAUGAGGAAGAUGUUGAAGAGGAUGAUGAAGAAGAGGAUGUUGAUGAAGAAAAGACAGAUGAUGCAGACGAUGUAUUCUCUGCUAGUAGUCAUAGUGAUGAUGAUAAUAAUGAUGAUGAUCAAGGUGGUACAGGAAUUAAAGUUACAGAAGCAUCUAAUGAAGAGAAUGUCGAUGAUUAUCUUCAUGAUGAUGUGAAUGAAGAGCCUGAGGAUGCUACAGGUGAGGGGGAGAACGUUGAUGAUCAAAACGUUGAUAAAAGAGAAAAGUUGAUUUUACGUCUUGAGCCUGAAGUUGAGGAAGGAGAAAUCAGGCAUACAUACACUAUGAAUGAUAUUAUAGAGAUGACACGUAUUGAUGAUCCUAACUUCAAGUUUGACUUUGAAGAAGAAUUGAAUGAUUUCGAUGUCAAUCAGCAACCCGAGUAUCAGUACAAGUAUGUUGAGGAAGCUGAUAACUAUGAUCGAGUUGAAGUCGAAGACUGCAGCGGUGAAGAAAAUGUGAAUGUAGACACUUCAAACUUUCCAACAUUGGUUGAGUUUUUCAGUCAAGAAAAUAUUGAUGAAUUAAGACGGAAAGUUGAAGAAUGUCUGAAAGAUAAGAAUUUUGAUGGAACAGUGAAAGAUGCACAUAAGGAAGAAAGGAAGAAAUGGUUCAGAAAGAGUACUGAAAGAAAAUUCAAACGUCCAUUGAAGUUUUAUAAGAGAGACAGGGAUGUGUCACUGGGGGAUAUUAUUAGUUGGGGAUUCUUGCCACAGGUGAACGCCUAUGCAAUCAGGAGAGAAUAUGGCGUACAAUACUUUCAAUACAUACAGGAUAUCAUGUCUCUACCUUGGUGGGACGUGGAAGAGCUUUCUAAAGUCAGAUCUUUGGAUUAUCCAGUCAGAAAGCAUGAUAUGCCUACCUGGUGGUUAAUGAAGUUUGAAGCUUUUAGAGACUUUAAGCACUGGAAGCCACAUCAACCGAAGAAAGUGAAGAGGGUUGAUCCAGUGACUGGCAAUGAAGAGACUAUUUUACAAAUAAAGAAACCCAGGGUGAUGAAGAAUAUUCCUAUGCCGAAAAUGGAGCAGGAUUUUCAUAAAGGAUUCUUAUAUUGGGUAUACAGUUGUUUGUCCACUGAGGCGGUAAUCACUUACAGAGUUGAGAAUGAAGUUAGACACAUCUUUGUGUAUGAUCCUUUGUGGUUGGUUAACUACUUAGCAAGAGACAUAGAAUGUUUGUUCGUUAACAAGAUUGGAUUCAAAGCUGAAGAUAGAGAGCAAGCGAUGCAAUUUCAAAAGGUUGUGUCUAUCUGUUUCCAGAAAGGAAUAAAUGCUGAAAGUAAAUGGUCGUCAAAGUGGAGAAAAAUUGAGAAGACAGUGGCUAGGAAAGCUGAGAAGGAUAGAAAAGCUCAUGAAGAAAGAGAUAACAUGUUAAGGCAUACUGUUGUUCAAAGGAUGGCUGCUGAAGAAAAGAAAAAGGUUGAAGAAAAUGAGAAGCUUAGGAAGUUGUUGCUGAAAAAGCCUAAGCCGAGAGAAGAAAAGUUUAGAUCAUUGUGAAGAAAGCGCUGAAGACCUGACUGAAGACUCCGGCAAUAUCCAAGGGGGAGUUUGUUGGUGCAUAAUGUCUAUAGCCUACGUCUAAAGUCUGGGUCAUGUCAAUAGCUUGUAUAGGGGUGUAAAAUGUCAAAAUGUAAAGUUUAUGUUUAUUAGAAGUGAUUUCGCAUGAAAUAGCAUGUUGCUAUUUCGCACGAAAUCAAGUUGUGUCAUUUCGUGUGAAAUCAGUCGCCUAUAUAUAUGGCAUCUUGGGUUUUCAUUUGGUAUGAAAUUAGUCGAGGUGUAACGAAGUGCUGCCCAAUAUUCACCGUGUAAUCAAGUUGAAUAUCAAUGAAAACCAAGUAUUAAGUAUAAAUAUCUGUUUCUACACCUUUCUAUCACUGAUUCACAGCUGUUUGACUGUUUCCGCCUUUCAAACAGCUUAGUAUUGACUCUGAUCGACUCAUAUAGGUCGCAAAACGAUCCUACAAGUAGACCUAGAAGGGCAACAGCUAGGAGAAAAUUUAGAAUCCUGGACAUUAUAUACUGAUGGUGCAUCUAAUGUUAGAGGUGUAGGAUUGGGUAUACUACUAAAAUUGCGACAGGGGGACAUAUUACCCCAGGCUAUUAGGUGUGAGUUUCCUG